CAUUACGUGUGACGCACCUUCGCUAUAUAUUCUUACGCGUUGACGUCAACGGCCUCUUCCCUGCCUAUACCCUAGUGAGGUAGGCAGUGUAAAAUUUGUGUCUGCUGCUCCACACAGCGAAUCCAACAACAUCCGUCAAAAUGGUGAACUUUACAGUAGACCAGAUCCGUGCCAUCAUGGACAAAAAGUCCAACAUCCGUAACAUGUCUGUGAUUGCGCAUGUGGACCAUGGAAAAUCCACUUUGACUGACUCGCUGGUGUCCAAGGCUGGUAUCAUCGCUUCAGCCCGAGCAGGAGAAACACGUUUUACUGACACAAGAAAGGAUGAGCAGGAGCGUUGCAUCACCAUCAAAUCCACUGCCAUCUCUUUAUUCUACGAGCUUACUGAACAUGACUUGGCCUUUAUCAAGCAGUGCAAGGAUGGCACUGGCUUUCUUAUCAACCUGAUUGACUCCCCUGGGCACGUUGACUUCUCCUCUGAGGUGACUGCUGCUUUGCGUGUCACUGAUGGAGCCCUGGUGGUCGUUGACUGCGUGUCUGGUGUGUGUGUGCAGACAGAGACUGUGCUGAGGCAGGCUAUUGGUGAGAGAAUCAAGCCUGUGCUGAUGAUGAACAAGAUGGACCGUGCCUUGCUGGAGCUGCAGCUGGAGCCAGAAGAGCUGUAUCAGACCUUCCAGCGUAUUGUGGAGAAUGUCAACGUGAUUAUUUCUACCUACGGAGAGGAUGAGAACGGACCCAUGGGUAACAUCAUGAUUGAUCCAGUUGUUGGUACUGUUGGGUUUGGGUCAGGCCUGCAUGGUUGGGCCUUCACUCUUAAGCAGUUUGCUGAGAUGUAUGUGAUGAAGUUUGCUGCCAAGGGUGAUGCCCAGCUUGGCCCUGCAGAGCGCUGCAAGAAAGUGGAGGACAUGAUGAAAAAACUUUGGGGUGACCGGUAUUUUGACCCUGCAACUGGGAAAUUCAGCAAGUCUCCAACUAGUCCUGAUGGCAAGAAGCUCCCCAGGACCUUUGCUCAGCUUAUCCUGGAUCCCAUCUUUAAGGUUUUUGAUGCAAUCAUGAACUUCAAGAAGGAGGAGACAGCUAAGCUGAUUGAGAAGUUGGACAUCAAGUUGGACUCUGAGGACAAAGAGAAGGAAGGCAAGCCCCUGCUGAAGGCUGUAAUGCGUCGCUGGCUCCCUGCUGGAGAGGCUCUCCUUCAGAUGAUUACCAUCCACCUGCCUUCCCCAGUCACUGCUCAGAAGUAUCGUUGUGAACUGCUCUACGAAGGACCUGGUGAUGACGAUGCAGCUAUGGGUAUUAAGAACUGUGAUCCCAAAGCUCCCCUUAUGAUGUACAUCUCCAAGAUGGUGCCCACUACUGAUAAGGGUCGUUUCUAUGCCUUUGGGCGUGUCUUCUCUGGCUGUGUCUCAACUGGUCUGAAGGUGCGCAUUAUGGGACCAAAUUACACUCCUGGCAAGAAGGAGGAUCUUUACCUCAAGCCCAUUCAGAGGACCAUUUUGAUGAUGGGCCGUUAUGUUGAGCCUAUUGAGGAUGUGCCCUGUGGUAACAUCGUGGGUCUGGUUGGUGUGGACCAGUUUUUGGUGAAGACUGGGACCAUUACCACCUUUGAACAUGCCCAUAACAUGCGCGUGAUGAAGUUCAGCGUCAGCCCUGUGGUGAGAGUGGCUGUGGAGGCUAAGAACCCUGCCGAUCUGCCCAAGCUGGUAGAGGGUCUGAAACGUCUGGCUAAGUCUGACCCUAUGGUACAAUGUAUCAUUGAGGAGUCUGGAGAGCACAUCAUUGCUGGAGCUGGUGAGCUGCAUCUUGAGAUCUGCCUGAAGGAUCUUGAGGAGGACCAUGCCUGCAUUCCACUGAAGAAAUCCGACCCAGUUGUGUCCUAUAGAGAAACCGUUUCUGAGGAGUCCAAACUAAUGUGCCUGUCCAAGUCCCCCAACAAGCACAACCGUCUGUUCAUGAAGGCCCGUCCCCUGGCUGAAGGUCUGCCUGAGGAUAUUGAUAAGGGUGAAGUCGCUGCUAGGCAGGAGUUGAAGGCACGUGCCCGUUAUCUGGCUGAGAAGUACGAGUGGGAGGUGACCGAGGCCCGUAAGAUCUGGUGCUUCGGCCCUGAUGGAACCGGCCCCAACGUACUUGUUGACGUAACCAAGGGAGUGCAGUACCUUAAUGAGAUCAAGGACAGUGUGGUGGCUGGCUUCCAGUGGGCCAGCAAGGAGGGUGUGCUUUGUGAGGAGAACAUGCGUGGUAUUCGCUUCGAUAUCCAUGAUGUUACACUUCACACAGAUGCCAUUCACCGUGGUGGUGGCCAGAUCAUUCCUACAGCACGCAGAGUGCUUUACGCCUGCCAGCUGACAGCCGAGCCCAGACUCCUUGAGCCGGUCUACUUGGUCGAGAUCCAGUGCCCUGAGGCUGUUGUUGGUGGCAUCUAUGGUGUCCUGAACAGGAAGAGAGGACUGGUGUUUGAGGAGUCCCAGGUCAUGGGAACCCCCAUGUUCGUGGUCAAGGCUUACCUGCCUGUCAAUGAAUCUUUUGGUUUCACUGCUGACCUUCGUUCCAACACCUCUGGCCAGGCCUUCCCACAGUGUGUGUUCGAUCACUGGCAGAUCCUUCCUGGAGAUCCAAUGGAACCCAGCACCAAGCCAGCUCAGGUUGUAGCUGAAACACGCAAGCGCAAGGGUCUCAAGGAAGGAAUUCCAGCUCUGGAUAACUACUUGGACAAAUUGUAAAGCUCUCACUAGGGACUGGACUGGACUGUACAGAACAUCAUGAGCACUAUUGCUUGCCAAAACACGAUAGAAGUUAACAUUAAUAAAUAAAAAUGGUAUUGUGUGGACAUGGCUGUUUGUCAAUUCAUGACUGAUAUGCCCAGACAUUUACACCUGUGGUUAAAAUGGUAUUAAAUACACAAUGAUCAACCUCUA